GAAAGAGAGCAAACGUCAUUGGAAUUUGCAAUAUGUCAACGGAGGGUGGAUUUUUCAAUUUUUCAAAUAUUAAACUAAAUUUUAUAUUGUUUUCACACUUGUUCUAAAGUCGAGAGACGAAAAAUGCUAAGUGCAAUCUAAUUUAUAAUUAAGUGCUUCGUUGGUCAUAGCUUAUUGUUAUUCCAGUACAAGAUGAACGGACGAAACUCUUUGAGCGACAAAAUUGAGGAUUAUGAAGUUCAUAACUUAUUGGGAAAAGGUGGAUUUGCCUCGGUAUAUAAGGCCAGAUGUCGCAAAACGGGUCUUGAUGUUGCCAUUAAGAUGAUAGACAAAAAGAUUAUGCAAGCUGAAGGAAUGGUUGGUAGAGUACAACAAGAAGUAUCCAUACAUUCCCGUUUGAAGCAUCCGUCUAUUUUGGAACUAUAUACCUUUUUUGAGGAUGCGAACUAUGUUUAUCUGAUUUUGGAGUUGUGCCAUAAUGGCGAAUUACAACAAUAUAUUAAAAAGAAGAUGCUUACUGAAAGUGAAGCUAGUACUAUUAUGAAGCAGGUUGUUGAGGGCAUUAGAUAUCUUCAUUUUCACAAUAUCCUACAUAGAGAUAUAUCACUAUCUAAUUUAUUACUCACAAAAGACAUGCAAGUGAAAAUUUCUGAUUUUGGAUUAGCCACUCAGUUGAGCAGACCUGAUGAAAAACACAUGACAAUGUGUGGUACUCCCAAUUUCAUUUCUCCCGAAGUUGCCACUAGAGGAUCGCAUGGUCUUGAAGUAGAUGUCUGGAGUUUAGGAUGUUUAUUAUAUACUCUUUUAGUAGGGUCCCCUCCAUUUGACACCCAAGCUGUUAAAAGUACUUUGACUAGAGUUGUAAUGGCCAAUUACAAUCUACCUAGUCAUUUAUCUCCCGAAGCAAAAGAUCUGAUAAAUUCUUUGCUACAGAAGAAUCCAAAAGACAGAAUUAGUUUAGACCAAAUAUUAGAACAUCCAUUUAUCAAAAGGAAUCAAAUUAUGAUUUCAAAUUUAACUCACGACAGUGGCAUUCAUACGAUGUCAAGCCGAAGAGACAGUGCCUUCAGCGACGGUGUUCUAUCUCAUAACUUUUGUGGAUCCAAUUUAAUACAUUCUCGAAAAGCAAACAGCGAUUGCUACCCAGUGGAACCUGUGUGUGGGACAGGGCGGUUAACUCAGAGUAUGGAGUAUGCAAAGCAUUGCUCGAAUAGCAGAAAUAAUUGCAAUUCUGUGCAAGAAAAUGGUUGCAGUGGGUGUAGUUUUGGCGCUAAGGAAGCUGCUUUUCCCAAUUAUGGAUCUAAUUGUGAUCUGAGAACUAAUUCACACUAUCAAGACAAUCAUGUGAGUGUGAGUCAGUACAGCAACCAUCAUUAUCAUCCCAGUGAUCCAGGAGGUCAAGUUUUAAAUGGUAUUCCCACAAUAUCACCUCCAUUAUUAUCAGAGUGCUCAAAUCAAAGUUACCAGGUUCCGACAUCAAAUACUGGAAAUCUGAAUUCACAAAUCAGUUUAAACAACUUACACAUCUCCGAUGAUAUUCCACCUAACGUACUCAAAAAAAGAAACGGCAAUGAGAGCACGAAAAAAAUCGUGAAAACGCAGAAUUUGGUCCAGCUUUGUUCGCAAAGACUGCUUCCUACCAGACAUCAGACUAAAAAUGCCAUUUUAAGCAUUUUAAAUGGAGGCGAAGUUGUAGUGGAAUUCAUAAAAAAGAAGGGCUCGGCUAAGAAGGAUGUAAUAUGUGAGGUUAUGAGAAUAUCUCCUGACGGAUUAAGAAUAAUUCUGUACGAACCUGAAGGUGGUAGGGGACUGCCUCCCGCCCAAGAGCCUCCACCCCUUCCAGCUCAAGGUGCAGAUCAGAUAUUCAGCAUAGAAAAUCUGCCAGAAAAACACUGGAAAAAGUACAUGUACGCCUUUAAGUUUGUGGAAUUGGUGAGAGCAAAAACGCCAAAAGUCACUUUGUACAGUGACAAAGCCAAAUGCCUACUUAUGGAGAAUUUACUUGACUUUGAAGUAUGCUUUUAUGAAGGUGGAAAGGUUACAAGAUCGACUACCGAAGGCAUAACCUUUAUCGAUCCUUCCGGUCACAAGUGUAAUUUUCGGACCAACAGCGAAUGUCACAAUUUGAACGGGACACUUGAACUCAUGUGGACGCAUACCCAGGAGUGCUUUGAGCAUUGCUUAAUGCUGGAAAAUACACUGUCAAAACUGCACGGUACCAAUUUUCCUAUUAUUGUCGGCAGGAGACCAACGAACACAAUAUCUACUUAUGCAAAAGAAAAUGUGUCCAGAUCUAUCAUGACUCCGUUCACGAUGUCAAUAAACAGCACCACUCCGGGCACCUCCUUGGGCCUAAGCUCCACCAAAGAGAAACGAGUAUCGGUGCCGGGCGUCGGUACGGCCAUCCAACUGGCCAACGGCGAGGUCCGCGUCAAAUACAACGACGGAUCCCAGCUGUGGGUCGAUGGAAAGCACCACGUGCGCUACCAGUACCCCGACGGUCGCACGGCGAACUACCUGGACACGGACAGCAUUCCCAAAUCGAUCAUGGACAAGAUGCAACUGAUGCCCAAGGUGGUGAAGCACUUGAGCACGCCCACGACGACGACGAAAAAAAUGCAGUAUUUAAGGUAGCGAGGUAUAAAUUUGGGUUUUAGUAAUAUAUCCUGCCUGAUUAUUAUAAAAAGGAUUAUUUUUCUGUUACAAGUGAGUAUGUGAGAAACUAUUCAGGCGGUGAUGGUAAAAAAGGGGGUUUUCAUUUUUCAUUUCAUUUCAAGUUUCAGUUUUUUCUUCUUACAAAGUUAUUUGCUUAUACACGUUGUAAUUCUCUAACUCGGAAUAAAUUCGGCAUAAUAUCAAAAAUUCAAUUGGGGGGUUGGGACUUUUGGUGUUACAAGAGCAAAAUGAAACCACGAUUCAGCAAAUAAAAUUGAACAUAAGCCAGCAAAAUAACACCAAAAAUUCAUAAUACGCCAAAAUACUUUAUUUUGAACAUUGGACGCGCGUUUCACUAACCAUGUUAGCAUCAUCAGCAGAUGAUUAAAUCUGAUGAUGAGUCAGAAAAAAUUAAAAUUCAUUAUUACUAUUCCAUUAGAUCUGAAUAUUAAGUUAAAAGACUCAUUAGACACCUGUCAAUAUUUUCAGCUCUAAUUUUACUAACAACACAUGACUUUACUUUUUUUGGCUGACAAACCUGUUACAAAUUAAGACAGAAAUAUACAGGGUGAGUCUUAAAUAAGUGCAAAUAUGUUUAGGGCUCGUAGAUCUCGAUAAAAUAAACAUAUUUUCUCUUUAACAUUUUUCAAAUAAGUCCAAAAUAACCGAGUUAUU